CAUUAAUGUCACAUUCCAAUUAAAUCGUCUUUUCCAAGGUGGUCAGCGUGACGGUGGGGUGGCCAGCGCACUUGAAUUAGUAUAAAAAGCGCCGAACACGAGCCAAAGUCAACUCACUUUCAUCCUCCAAACCAAACCCAACGCAACCAUGUACAAGCUCGCUAUUUGCUUGGCGCUCUUCGCCGUUGCCUUCGCUCGUCCUCAAGAGGACAAGGAUGCCACCGCUCUGCGACAUGAGCAGGAUGGACCCAACGUCGAUGGAUCAUACAAAUACAGCUACGAAACAUCAAACGGAAUUACCGUCGACGAGAAGGGCUUCGUCAAGCCCAACCCCGCGCCUAGCGACCCCGAAAACACCGAAAUCCAAGUUGCAGAGGGCAGCUUCAGCUUCACCGACAAAGUCACUGGCCAGAAGUUCUCCAUCACUUACACGGCUGACGAAAACGGAUUCCAGGCCAGAGGUGACCACCUGCCCACCCCUCCUCCCAUCCCUGAGGCCCUGCAGCGCGCCAUCGACCUCGCCACCAAAGCGCUGAAGAAAUAAGUGAUUUCACUAUUUCUGUAAAUACCGGCAAAUCGAACGACCGCACCGGAUGUAAAAAUCGUGUAUAAAAUGCAAUAAAAACAGAAGUCAUGCUGAGAAA